AUGGGCGACGGCGGCUAUGAGCAAUUUCAACCACCAAUAUCGAUAUUUCCGCCACAAUCGCCGCCGACAACUUUCAGAUCAGACAUGGCCGACGGCUUUCAACCACCACCACCAUUAUUUCCGCCACAAUUUCAACAACCAACACAGAUAUUUCCGCCACAAUUUCAACCACCGAGUUUUCAACCUCGCCACCUUCAAUAUUCUCCUCGAUUUCUAACACCACCGAAUUUUCAACCUCGCCACCUUCAACAUCCUCGAUUUCUACCACCACCGAUUUUUCAACCUCGCGACCGUCAUCCUCCUCCUCGUUUUCAACCUCCUGCGCGAUUUGAUAACCCUAACCAAAGCGACCUUCAUCAUCCUCCUCGAUUUCAACCUCCUGCCCGUUUUGAUAACCAUAAUCAAAGCGAUCUUCAUCCUCCUUCUCGAUUUCAACCUUUUGCGCGAUUUGAUAACCCUAAUCAAAGGGAUUUUACAACAAUGCAGCAAGUAACUACUAAAACAAGUUCUGGAACAAAGGAAAAUACAUCUGAAACAAGUUCUGCAACAACAGGAGAAACAACAUCAGCUUAUUUUUCAGAGGAUGAUAUUAGAGGACCUUUGACUGGAUAUACUGGCACAGUAGAUGAACUACAUGAACUUUAUGACAAACAUUCAAUACUUCUUGGAUUUUCAAUAAGAAAAAAUACAUUAAGGAGAGAUCAAAAAACGGGAGAGAUAAAGGAAAGAUACUUUUGUUGUUCAAAGGAAGGAAAGAGAAAGGAAAACACAAAGAACACAAAGAAAGAAGAAGCAACUGUAUCAAGUGAGAGCAAACAGAAAGGGCAGUCAAAGAACCCAAGGCAGCAAAACCUUACUAGAACAGGGUGCAACGCAUCUAUACGAUUGAAGUUACAAAAGGAUGGAAAGUUUAUAGUCUUUCAUCAUGUUAUAGAACACAAUCAUGCCUUAACAAGAGAGUCACUGCAAAACUUUGAAAGGUACAAAACAAAAUACAAGUAA